CUCUAUUACAAACGUGUGCAGUGCACUCAACUGGAGAGAACAGCUAGCUGCGAGAGAGAACCGGUCCCGUUGCGCGCUUCCAUUCUGGCCACUGUUGUUGCGCCUGACUUGUAGUUCUUUUCAGUUGUUCGAUCCCAGAGAAGACCCACAGAAUCUAAUCUUGACCAGUUUAUCAGCGAAAGAGCGCCGUCAGUGAAUUGAAAAAAAACGAUGAGUUGCAUCUGGUCCAUGGACAGCCGAGCUGGAGACAAGCGUGGGGGAUCCCUCCGUGCAGCAUGAUUUGCCUCGCUCGGGUCGCUUUAAUUUAUCACCCUAAGGUUACUGAAAAGGAUACCGAGAACAGCUGAGGACAAAGGUUGAAGAAUAAAAAUGAUGUCCUUUUUCCCACUCAAAAAAUUAAGACGAAAUGUCAAGUAUCUUCUUUUUGGAGCGGUAUUAAUUAUUGGAGUUUUGGCUGCCUAUUUAGAAUUUGUUGCAACAACAAAUACGUGGAACGACAGUGUCCAGUUCAAUGCUUGGGACGAGACGACUCCCCCAACCAGGCAAGCAACAGAAAAAGAGUCUCUCAGCAGUGAGCAGGGCAGAUCGUGGCAGUCCCAGUUCACUCCGCAGUCCUGGAGCCCAGAGCACAAAGGGCAAGCUAAUCUGCACAUUUUUGAAGACUGGUGUGGCAGCUCCACUCUGCAACUUCGGAAAAACCUACACUUUCCUCUGUACCCUCAUUCCAGGACCACGGUGACAAAGCUCGCCGUUUCCCCCCGAUGGACCAACUACGGCCUGAGGAUCUUCGGUUACCUCCACCCGUAUGUCGAUGGGGAGUUCCUGUUCGCUGUGGCCUCCGAUGACAACUCUGAGUUCUGGUUGAGCGAGGAUGACAGCCCCCUGAACCUCCAUCUGCUGGCUUUGGUGGGAAAGACUGGCGCAGAAUGGGCGGCGCCAGGCGAGUUUGGGAAAUACGUCAGUCAGGUCUCUCAGCCAGUCGAGCUACUGGCGAGUAAGCAAUAUUACUUUGAGAUCCUCCACAAACAGAACGACAGAGGCACUGACCAUGUGGAAGUCGCGUGGCGACUCCAUGAUGGGGAGAGGUUCACAGUCAUUGAUUCCCGCUACAUUUCCCUCUACACCAACGAGUCGGCUCGGAUGAUGAGCGAGGUCGCUCAUAUCCCUCAGUCAGCUGCUAGUCACGUGGCGCCCCCCCAGAACACCCAGGGGACCCCAAAACCUGGGGAUUCCAGUCUGGGGGUAGACAUGCUGCGGGAGGACCCCCGGGACUCUCUGUACCAGAUUCCGCUGGUGGACAGGGUGCAUGUGCGGCGCGUCCUUCCCGACUGCGCCUACGAGCCCAGCUACAUCAUAAAGGGCUUCCCCCUGCUUCGCUACCAGGGCCUGCAGUUUGUCCACAUGUCCUAUGUCUACCCUAAUGACUACACACGAUUAACCCACAUGGAGACUGAGAACAAAUGCUUCUACCACGAGAAUCCAUAUUACCUGGACAGGUUUGGCUUUUUUAAAUACAUGAAGAUGGAUAUCCCAAAAAAUGGAGGGCUUGAAGACAGAGGUAGAUUAUGGAAGAAGCAAGGCAUUGGCUUGCUGGAGAAUAUUUCUCUCGAUGAGAUCUUCCAGUAUGCGAAUCAGGAGAUCCCAAGAGAGCCAAAAUUUGUAAUGGGUGAAGGGAAGGCCGGGGACAGGCCUGACAGGCCGCUGGACUACGGCGACGACUACGACGACUACGCCUUCAAACGCAAGAGGAAGCUGUUCUCCGCGCCGCUCGCCACCGAGCCCGCCCCUCACAGGAAGAGGAAGAGGAGGGGCAAAGCCGGGCCGCAGGAGCCCCGGACGGGACCCGCCCCCCGCCCUGACACGGCUCAGGAGGCGGAGCCGCUCGCCAAAGUACGGAGCGGUGUAAAAUCCGACAGGGGGGCGAGAGGCGGUCAGGUUCUCAGGUCGAGACUUUCAAAGCCCGACUCCGUCCUUCAAGAUAAGGGCACCUUAUUGGCCCAGAAGGUGCAGCGUGUGGGGGUGGUCAAAUUGCCCGGUGUCACCGCCGACCAAUCAAAGCGCCGCCUGGGGUCCAGUGCGCCAGUGACCACAGCUAAAGGGCCGAGCAGAAUUAAAGGCCAGACCUCUCAACCGACCCUGACCCUGAAACAGACCCAGGCCACAGCUCCACCCGGCCAGGAAGUGACCACACGGGCGUUCUCGGUCUCCACGGGGACCCGUUUGGAGUGGCAGUUGAGAGGUAACGUGACCAGCCCACUGUUCAAAACGGGAGCCGCCGCUGCGAAGAGCCAGCCACGGAAAGGGGAGCGGAGAACUGGUCUCCGGGGAAACGAGGUGGACCCUGUAGCCAACCGGACUGCGCGGAGGGAAGAGGAGGCGGGGCCAGGCACCCAGGGAGCCAAUGAGUCAGAAGCAGACUCUGACAGGUUGUGGACGCUGGGCAACGAUUUGGAGGGGGACGGCGAGGGGGCGUUCGAUGCCACCAAGCCGCCCAUCUUCGACCAGGCGGUGAACUGGAGGCAGACCUUCGACGUGGAGCCCUUGGACUUCCACGCGCUGCGCUCGGACUGGAUCGACCUGACGACGUCUGAACCUGUGGACGGAGCCCUGCCUCCCUCUCUCUCUCUCCCUCUCUCUCUCUCUCUCUCUCUCUCUCUCUCUGUGCCCAGGCGCUUCUCGCUGUCGCGGGUGGUGAACGUGGAGAAGCGGGCCGACGGCUCCCAGGGCAGCAGGUACUUCCUGGAGCUGGAGCUGCUGGAGGAGGGCGUGGGCCGGGUCCGCCUGUCCCGCUACAUCUACGCCCUCCAGCGCCGCCGCCGGGGCCGGGGCCGGGGCCGGGGCCCUGGGGCCCGUCGAGGGGUCCCCCUCCAGCAGGAGCCGCUGCUCUGCACCCCCCUGGGCUUCUCCUGGGACCCCUCGGCCACCGUCCACUUCAUCGUCCCAGUGAAGAACCAGGCCCGGUGGGUUCAGCAGUUCAUCACGGACAUGGAGCGGCUGUACAGAGACACCGGGGACAGCAACUUCAACAUCAUCAUCACGGACUACAGCAGCACGGACAUGGAUGUGGAGGAGGUGCUCAAGACCUCUGCUCUGCCCAGGUACCAGUACCUGAAGCUGAAUGGGAACUUUGAGCGGUCGGCAGGGCUACAGGCUGGAGUCGACCUCAUCACUGACGACCACAGCAUCGUGUUUCUGUGCGACCUGCACAUCCACUUCCCCCCAUUCAUCAUUGACAGCGUACGCAAGCACUGUGUGGAGGGCAGGAUGGCCUUCGCCCCCAUCGUAAUGAGACUGGACUGUGGAGCCACUCCACGCGAGCCCAAGGGAUUCUGGGAGGUGAAUGGCUUCGGGCUGCUGGGGAUCUAUAAGUCAGACCUGGAUGCGGCAGGAGGGAUGAACACCCGAGACUUCAGGGACCGCUGGGGUGGGGAGGACUGGGAGCUCCUGGACAGGAUCCUGCAGGCCGGGCUGGAGGUGGAGAGGAUCCACCUGCGGAACUUCAUGCACCACUACCACUCCAAACGGGGCAUGUGGAACAGGCAGCCGCUCAAGGCCACGUAACCGCGGAAACAGAGGAGGGCUUGCGCGGCCCUCCAUUGGCUCGGGCACUUUAGUUACCCCUGGCAACGUGUCAUGGUGUCGUGUGGGGGGCGGGGUUACAAGGAAGCAGAAGGAAGUCAUGUCCCCUGGUCAAGUGUUUUAACAGCAAAGGUGUGGUAGAGCUUUAGCAGGCCUUUUCCUGCUAACUUAACUUAACUUAAACCCCUUGAGGUUUUGCUCAUAGUGUUGAUACCAUCAGAUGGACGAAGGCGAUGGACAGCGGAAAUUAGGCUGAAACAAGAUGAGCGUCGAACGGCCGAAGUAAACAGGAUAUUUCACUGUAACUCUCAUGGAGUGACGCGUGGUCUUUAAGGACAGUGCUGGUCAGGGAUAUGCUUCAGUGUUAUCUGGAGCUGACAGAGCCUCCUGAGAGACAGGCUGGAAAAGCAAGGAAGCAAUGGCUCCUCUGUAUACUUCAUACUGGUCUGGAGGCGUAGUUUUAAAGGGGAUUUUAAAAAUGAUUUUUUAAAAUAAAGUAUUUGUUGCGCUUCAGUGACAUUAUCCUUUCCCAUCAGUGAGCAGAACAAAGUCACUGUCAAUCAUGUUUUAAUAUUUCACUGAGACAAAUACCUGUUGCCUGUUGUUUUCUAAAACAUUUUUUUUCAUUUGUGGCAGUUGCUAUUAACUGGACUGGAAGCAUGCUUGUCUGUCUUACGUUGGAAUAUUUAUUUCAGUGACUCAUUUUUUUGCUGAUGGCUUUUCAAAUGUCUUUAUUUUUUUGUUUUUCUAUUUUUUAUGAGAAGAAAAACACAUUAAUUUAUAUAAAUGUUUUUUUUUUUCCAAUUGAACUUCCUGGUUGAUGUCAUCCACGUAUUUAUUAUUUGAUGAUCAAUGUAUUUAUUAAUUUUCCUUUGAUCUUGAAACCUGUGUUCUUACCUUAUUCAUUUCUGUAUGCAUUCAUGGGCCAGUUUUGUGGAUACAGAUUAAUCCUAGAUUUAGUCCUGGAGUAAAUUCAAUCUUGAAUGGAGAUGCUGUAUACCAAACGCAAUUGAGUCCAGGACUAGGCUUAAUCUGUGUCUGUGAGACCAGCCCUAUAUGUUUCUGGGUGCUGUUGCUGUGUGCCUCAGCUGUGAGGUCAUUGCAGUUAUCAAACUGUUUCAUUACUUGAGGUGCUGGUGAGGGGAUGAAUGUACCCUCUGUGUAAAAUAAUUAUGAUUGGAGGUGGAUGGGGGGGUUGGGGGGACAGCCCUGUUUUUAAUGUUGCUUUUCACUUUGGAGUUGUUGAUCAAUUUCAUAGCUGAAGUCGGACGAGGCGAUCCUGAAAUCACACCUCCAUUUCGGACACUUUGAAAGCCUUAACUGCACUCCUUGAUUUAUGUAAGAAAACAUAAAAUAAGAAUAAUUGCGUUUUUAAGACCGAAGAUAGCGUUUGCAAAUGUCUCUCCACACUGCAAAUGAAUGCAAGCCUUAUUUAAAGCAGUUAAAGGGUGAAAUGUGUGCCUUUUAAAAUAUCAGGACAGGUUUAUACCGGUAGAUAUAUUACAUACAACAGUCACAAUCACGUAACAGACUUGUUACAGCUUCUGUGCUGUGCCUUUCACGUGCUUGUGGAACUUCAACGUCAAAAACAAGAAAUUGUUGCUUUUGUAGUUUUUGUGUGGAAAUAUAUAGUAAGCUUAAGCUUGCUGUGAAAUAUCUUCUGCACAGACAGUUGAACUGACUCGUUGCACUCCACAGAGUGAGCCGCAUGCACUCAAACAAACCAAACCUACUGAGGUGCAUUUCCAGGGGACCUCUCUCUUUUUAUACAUUCCUUGAAUACUAACUACUUGUCAGUCACAUGACAAACACAAAAAUGUCUUUUCGUGGUGCAUUUAUAGCUGUGCAAAGGUGCAUCUUAAAAGUCAAUGACAAGUCAUGUCCCUGCAAUUUUCAAAUGAGUUAGAAUCCUUUAGGAUGCUGUUUUAGGAUCCCCUUAGUGAUGUGUCUCGGUUGUUGUUUUUUAAGGACAGGUCAUUUCAGCAGUCUAGGUUUAUGUGGGUUGUGGAGUUGACAAAUGGGGGAAAAUAUCAUUCUAUAUGAUGCAUUUACAUUGAAAUUCAUAAAUCACACUGAUUCAACACUACAGUGCACACAUUGCGGUUUUCUUAUACAUUAAAAACUUAAUUUUGUAGCUGUGGUCAGAGGUUUACCUGUCCAUCUGACCAGGGAAAUGCGAUGAAGAAAAUGUUUUAUUAAAUCAAUCAUCUUCUCAACCAAGCAGUCUGUGUGUUCAAGUGCUGCAUAGGCAUGAAGGACGGGAUCAAAUGGAACUCAUUUUAUGGCUGUCUGGAGUGUUAGGAAUGGAUAUAGGGUAGGAUAGUGCACUGUAAAUCAAAGUGGACUUUCUAUAAUAAUAACCUCUGUUUUUGUCUAAAAAGAUCGAAGCAUCUCACUUUAUGGGGUUUGCGUAUACUGUGUGAGAGCUGUUAUCUUGCUCCAAUUCAGGGAUGGUGCACCUGUUGAGAAAAAUUGUCUUCUCUGUUCAUGACAUUUGAUUUCUGUGAAAUUGAUGUAUUUAUGUGCGGCUGUGUUUUAUCCAAAUGGUUCUUUUUUCCCAUAAAAGAGUUCCCUGUGAGUAUUUCCUCUCUUUUCAUUUUUUUUAUAGCUAUCUUUCUUUUUUAUGUUCAAAUCUUUUUUUAUUUUUAUGACGAACAGGCCAAUUCUGUGCGGCAAGUUGGCAGUUGGCAAGUUGGUGCGGGUCACGGUCGGUCCAGUUACUGGGCCUUUCUUGUAUUUUUGGAGGACAGCUGCACAAGGUGGCUGUCGGAGAGAUCCACCUGAGCACCUGCGAGAGUGCAGCGUGACACGGGUUCCCCGACUGUCCAAGAGUCAGCCAUUUCCAGGCGGAUGCGAUUAGAGCAGAAAUUCACCAGGGGAAAAAAAAGUAAAGGUACUUUUAUUUCUCUGACCGAGUGUUGCUGGGCCUGCUCAUGACAUGUCUAUUUCAGAACGUUUAUUGCCCCCCCAUGACUGUGUUCAGCAGAUACAAUAACAGGAGUAUCACACCGUACACCGCGCUCUUCAUAGAAUUCCGUGGUGUCCACGCGCUCGUAACGAUCCGUAUUUAAAACAUGGACCCCGACACUGAACACCGGCGGGGGGGUCAGACGCCUGACGCGCGCGGACCUGUCUGUCUGAGCGCCGCCGCCAAACGAUGGCGGUCCCGCGCCCCCCCCCGCCCCCUCCCCGCGCUAUUGUUGGCCCCCCGAUUGCCGCAUGCCUCAGAUGGCGCUGCCGUGGCGACAGCUGCUCGACCUUCGUGCGCCUAAAAGGAAACGCAUGGCAGCGCAUCGCGUGUUCGUAGCCAGGUCCGAAUUCAAUACCAUAUAAAACAACACUAAACAUGAUGCCUGGGCUGGGCUGGGCUGGGAUGGGGGGGGGGUGGUCCACAAUGAAGGUGUGAUAUUAUCGUUUAUUAUUAAGGUUGACUGGGGGGCUGGGUUGUGUCUAAUUUUCAAAAAUUCCUUAAAAACGACCUGGAUAAUUCAGCCACAUUUUGUAUUUUCCUGUUUUUUCAAAUUUGGCAUAUAAGCAUUAACAGAAAAAUGUACACAGUGUUGUAGGCUGUUUUCUUAUGCUCAAUGGAGCAUUUUUCUUGUUCUCGAGGCUUGUACUCACUGCUUACAGAUGUAGCAUACUGUAUAUAGUAACACAUUUUUGAUAAAUGAAAAAGAGCUUAUUGGAAUAUAUUGUGUGUUCUAACCUGUCUACAGUUUACAUUUCUAAUAUGCAACGGGGGAGUGAGAUAUUUGAUAUUUGAGUGCACUUGACCACAAAGCACAAGAGUAACGUCAAGGCUUUUAACUUUUAUGUAUUUAUUAGUAGAUGAGAACAAUCUCUGGCAAUGUAUUGCUCCAUUUUUU